CAGUCAUGUAGUGGAACAGAUGACUGUGUUCAUCGUGAGCAGCAAGGCAUAAUGGGAAGUGUGAGCUUUUGCAUUGUGCGAAUAGUAGUCUGAUGUAAGAAACUCGAUAAAUCAAUGAAAUACGAAACAGCAUGAAGCUAUCUGGUUGUUCCAGAAACUGGAUGCGCGAUCCAGAACCCAGCAGUCAGGAUAAACUGAGACAUUACGCGUAAGAGGUUGCCACAGGCAAGCUCUAGGUUUGACCUCUGUGGAAAUCAUUUCUGAGACAAACAACUUAGUCGGAAUGUAUCAAUGAGGAAUGUGACUGCGCCUGACUCUCUCCAAACGGGGUGGAUGAAGCCCUCAGCGGUGUCAUGCGUCUUGCCCCGCAGCCAAGCGCGCGACCCUUGCGUCUAAUAGUUCUGCUCCUUCUCAUCACGGGGGUGGUCGCAUCCCCGGCGCUCUCUUCGGGCUGCCCGGACAGGUGCAUGUGUGAUGACCAGCUGGUGGUUCAAUGCGCCGGGCAGCACCUGACCACCUUCCCGGUCAACUUGCCCCUGGCGACGCGGCAGCUCAUCAUCUCCAACAACCGUAUCGUGGAGCUGCCACCGCUCACGCUCAACUACCUCUCCGAUCUCGUGUACCUUGACUGCAGCAACAACUCCCUGUCGGAGAUAUCUGAGUCAACGUUUGGGAAUCUACGCAAGCUGGCCUACCUGGACCUCUCCUUCAACCAUUUGACCCGAAUCGAAGACAGGACGUUCGGCCCCUUGGCGAGUCUGGUGAUGCUGAGGAUGACGGACAACCCAGGGCUGUCGGAGAUUCAUCCAGACGCCUUUGCGGAGAACGCGGCCCUCCAGGUUCUGGAUGUGAGCCGGAACAACCUGACCGCCCUCAACAUCACAUCCCUGAUCGCGCUGGCCGGUCUGCGCUCUGUGGGGCUCAGCGGGAACCCGUGGAGCUGCGAGUGCAUCAACGAGGACCUCUGCCUGUGGGUCCACCUGGAGGGCUUCAAGUUUCAAGAUGAAGGCCAGACGGUGUGUGGCUCACCCGCUGACAUGCAAGGCCGUCGUCUGAGUGAGGUGGGCAUCCAGUUACGGACGUUAUGCCACCAGACUCUGGGUUCCUGGGACUACCUUUUCUUUGUUGUCAUUGGCUUUGUCAUCUUUGCUGCUGGCACUGUGUCAGCCUGGGUGAUGGGUGUCAUAAUGGUGCUCUAUGAGCGCUACAUCAAGAAGAAAGGUGAACAACAGGAUGUGGACGACGAGGAAGAACCCAGCUCCAAGGGCUGGACCUCACGGGCCAGGAACAGCCACGGCAAUGGGAAUUUAAAAACCUCACAUACUGUGUAAAAGAUGAAUCCUACCCUGCCCACAUGGAUUCCCACAGUGCCUCCUGUCAAUAUCUAGGACUUUGCUGCCCACUCCAGUCAAACUGAGUCUGUUUAACUUGCCCUUCUCAGAAAGAGAAAAGAGAGGAUUCAGCAGUGUGUGGAAAUGUCAUGCCACUCAUUUAUACUUAUUUCAGCUUUCAGGUGAUGUAACACACUCUCUGGCUGCUAUUGUGGAAGUCCCCAUUACUUGGGCAUGCAAAUUUAUGACUUUAUAUACGAUUAGAUUCUGUUUGACUGGGAAAUUGUCAUACCUGCUGACAAAGCAGCCUGUUUCAGUAAAGCUGGUUAUCUUGGAAGCAGCUACCUUGGCUCUGUCAUGAGGUAACAAAAUCUGUGUACCAACACCUCCAGGCUUCUCAAAUUAUAUGCUUUUUGUUUUCUUGGUAGGGAACAAGCAACUUCCUGGAGUCAGCUCCUCCCAGGCAACAAAUAGUCUGCACACAACCCCCAACAAAACAGUGAACUGUCCCUUUAAUUCUUCUUCUUUUAUUCUAUUGUUCUUUUAUUCUUCUUAUUCAGUUGUUGUAUAAAUAAAACAAAUGGUAUGUAUGUUAAAUAGUGAGCUUUAGUUUUAUUUUAGGUCAUUUUGUUAACUUUGGACAGAGCCAUGCUAUCUUUUUCCAGUCUGUAUGCUAAGAUUAGCUAAGCUAACCAGCUGCUGGCUGAAGCCUCAUAUUUAACUGACAGAUCUGAGAGCAUCAUCAAUCUUCACAUCAAACUCUUGGCAAGAGAGUAAAUAAGAGUGUUUCCCAUAAUGUGAAAGUUUCCUUUAACCACAAUCUGGGUCAAAGUAAGAGCAGCAAAGGAGCAGCAGUGCUUAAUAAGGUCCUGCUCAGACCAUCAACUGGGCUUUUCACACACCUAUUUUGAGCUUUACUUACUAUAUUUGGUAAAAGCCACUGUUACUUUUUGUACCCAUAUAGUAGGCUAUUUCCAAAAUUAGCACCGGCAGGAUAAGACCAGAAUCAAAAGACAAGGACUGUUUUUCCCAAGGCUGGAAAACUAGUCAACCAUAUUAUGCUAUUUUUCCUAUGUGUAAUAUUACGAAAUGGAUACAGCUGCUAUGUGACGAUCUAUUUCUAGACCCUGCUUACACAGCAUUGCUUGCACACAAACAAAUUUUCCUCCAUGCAUAGUCACAAAAUUGACACAGCUUCACAGCCUCUACAUACGUAACAUUGAAAACAGUGGUAUUUCUAUAGACAGGUAUGAAAAGAGAGGAUCACAUGCUUUUGUGCAGUGUGUUUAUGCCUGUGCAGAUGUGUGAAAAAUGUACAAAUGCAAUGCCCUACCUGCAGCCACAGAGGUGUCUGAUAUAGCUCUAUGAGUGACUGAGCUUUUGCACAUAAGAGUUUGUCAAUCUGCUUCAGAAGAGCAGCAAGUUGAGAGUCAGAAUGUUCCGGCUGCUGAGGUCUGUUUGAGCAAGUAAACAGGAGCAGGAUAAUUGACUUCAUCCUUUCUUUGUUGGGCUACUGGUUUGAGUGCAGCGUCCUGUCUGUUUCUGCCUGCACUGUUGAUGCACCCCAAAGUCUUAUGUGUGUGUGUGUGUGUGUGUGUUAAUCUUUGUGAUUGACUAGUUAAUUGAAAUAAGCAAGGAAACUGAAUUUUCCACAAUUUACAAAAGACCCUAAAUAUAUUAUGUCAAGUGUUUUGUGAAAAAUGUGGAAACAUUUAAAUGUAUUAGUAAGUGGAUUACAGUCAUAUUUGUUUUUGAAUUGAUUUAUGCAGGGAAUGUCAUGGUUGGUACAGUGGUCAGAACUGUAGCCUCACAACAAGAAGGUUGUGGGUGUGAAUCUCUUGGCCGACCGGGGCCUGUCUGUGUGGAGUUUGCAUGUUCUCCUUUGUGCCUGCGUGGGUUUCCCCCCGGGUACUCCAGCUUCCUCCCACAGUCCAAAAACAUGCAGGCUAGGUUGAAUGGUGACCGCUGGUGUGAGUGUGGAAGGCUGUCUGUCUCUGUGUGUCAGCCCUGUGAUAGACUGGUGACAUGUUCAGGAUGGAUGGAUGAUUUCUUCAGCCUAGACCCUGUCCUGACAAUUUCACAGCAGUAAGACGGGUACUGCUAUCAGGAAGAACAGCAGUUUCAUUUCAGCCCACACUGGCAAAUAUCACUAAACUAUGAGAUCAAUGUCUAUUGUGUUUGAGGUUUUGCCUCCAGUUUUCAACAUCCUAGAUCAUAAACCCAGCUCACAAUCGUAUCCUUUUUGCUUAGAGUUAUCUCACUGUCCCGCUUCAUUCACCCCAACAUCGACUGUUAUUAGCUUAGGAAGGAGCAGGAGGGAACCACAUUCUUGUUGGGAAAAUCAAUAGGUGGUUACUCCAGUAUGUUCUCCUCUGUGUUGAACUUUGCAAAGUAAAAGAGAUCUUUUUCACUGAAAACAGUUUCACAUGUUACAGUGAGAAAAGCACAGGUGUAAAUGGUAAAACUGAUGGUGUCUGAAUUCCAUGCAGCUACUUUAGUUUCGGGGUCCUAGUAUUGUGCAUGCUGGCUCACUGUCACAUAAACAUGGCUUGCUUGGACACCUGAAAAGAAUCUUCAUUAUACGUGUGCUUUUUCAACUACAAGUCAAAAUGUUUGACCUUACAAGCAUCUGUUAUGUUGGUAUUAUGUGAUUUUGCCCAUUAAACUGUGCACACUUGGUUGUGAGAAGUGAGGCAGUAGCAGUGCUACCAAAUGUAACUGUGAAGAACUGGAUUUUUCAGCAUGUGGUCUAUGUAUCAGAAUGGUCAUUCUGCAAUCCACUUUUGUCUUUCUGUAAUGUCAUCUGCAGUGCUGCUGAGAAACCUUUCCUCACAUUAUUUACCAGCACUCACAUUUGCAUAUUAGGGAGAUUUGUCCAAAAUGAGCUAACUGGCAAAACUAAUGCAGCAACAGUACAAUAAUAAUACACCAUUGUACACCACUGAUAUAAAAUGCUGGGGAAUGAACCUUGUGUGUGCGCAUUACGUGUGUGUUUGUGUACACUCUGUCAUCAUAUAAAGGAGUGAUUGUGACUUAUAGCAGUAUGAAUAUCUAAGCAUGUACAGAUGUACUGACCUAAGCAGACUUACUGGUACAGCAUAUGUAACGCGAUGCCAACAGUGUCGAUCCAAGGUAGUGACUCAUGUACUGUACCAGUAAGUUGCCUCUGAACAUCUCAACCACUGGUUGCUCUCAUGUACUGUUUCCUACAGUAUAUACAAAAUGCAUUGCAUCAUACAGUAUGCAUGUCUACCAAGGUGUGUGUAUUAAACUCUCAUUUUUAUCUAUAUAAGACACAUGCAUAUACCAUAUCUCGGCUACGAGGGUGUUUUACAUUCUGCUAAGCAAACUGAUUAAGCCGUGUGAUGCCAUAGGCAAGGGUGAGGGUGCAGCCUGGAAACAGGAGAGCUGGCUGCUCUAAUUCAUGUCAGCACAGUGACACAGAUGGAAUAACAAGGAAUAGCCACAUCUCCAUUGCUUAAUAAAGAUGUAUGUAGGUGCUGCUCUUUUGUAGGCCACCACCUGGCUUUGAAAACUGAUUGUUCCAUGGAGGUCUUGUAUCACAGCCAAAUAUGCUGUUAACAGCAUAUACUAAAUGAUGUACAGUACUAAGUGGAUGGGCUGAAUUGCACUAUCCUGCACUUUUUACACCCCCACAUUGCACACUCACCCCAUAUUUAGGCUCAUGUAUGCAUGUGCUCAGACACACAGACAAUAGCUUCAGUUCUGCCUCUGACUCCAACUCAGAUCAUCUCUUAUUACAGCCACUGUGUAAAACAUUAGAAUAAGUGCUCUAUGUUCACAAAACACUACAUUACAGGCACUAACCAAAAUGGCAUCAUCAUGGCCACAUCAUCUAAACAACAAAAUCAAACAUUUGUAAGAGUUAGGAAUUUGGGGAAAUAUUAGCUUUCAUGCUGAGACCAAGGUGAGAAGACCAAUACCAGUCUUUAUACUAAGCUAAGCUGAGCGGCUACUGACUGUAGCUUUGUAUUAAGCACACGAGACAGGCAUCGAUCUUCUCUACCUCAACAAGAAAACAAAUAACUGUAUUUCCCAUAAUGCUGAACUACUCCUUAUAGUUGACAUAUGGUACUAAUGGGGAUAUCAAUGUGCUUGAGAAUGAACGUUUGUUUGUUUCUAUGUGUCCUGUCAUUAAUCAGCCAGGCAGAGAUAACAAUGGUCAGGAUGUGCUUCAGGACAGAGCUGCACUCAGCUGGCUAUGGUCACUUCAACAGCGUAGCUGUGACUGUGAGCCAAUUCAGUUAACUGAUGAGGAAAUGCAAACAGCUUUUGGACACAGACGCUCCUACAGUCUUAUUUCCUUCCUCAGCUCAUAUGUUUUUGACCCGUUGUGGUUAUCUACUGAGCUGAAGGGAACUGGCUACUGUAAAUUGUCCACAGAUGGGAGAUGUGACAUCAAGGAUAAGCGGCUCUAGCCAACCGUAACAGGCCUCUGACACAGCUAUAUUAAACAAACAUGCUGACUCACAUACAUACACAGGCACAAACAAGCAAAAUGGGAAAAACUCCUUUAGUCAUGGAGCAGUGGACGACUCACCCUAAAGUUGGAAAAGAGGAUAUGUUUGCGGUGACUGGUGCUUGGAAACUGGAUGACUGUAUUUCAGUUAUUUCAUAAACAUUUCAUCAUUAAUCACUGGCUCAGAUGAACGACAGCAUCAAAUUGCACCAGUGACAGCACCCCGUACUGCUGCACUAAGCUGCAACAUGACAGGCACUGGAGCCGAGACAUGAAAGAACUGCUGUGACUUAUAUUAAGUUAAAUAUAUUUCUGAUGCUUACAACUGUAAACAUAUAAACUGUGUAUAAUGAGUACUCCUGUUUUGUACUCAUGCUUUAACGAUCUGUCAUUUCAUAUUUAGACCAUAGUGAAGCGCAGAGAAGGGGAAACACAUACAAAACACCUGGGUUUCAUUAUGAACUUUUCAGUUUUCUUCAGCUUCAUUUCUCUCUCUCUCAUUAUCACCAUAAGUUUUCUGUCAGCUGGGGUUUAUUUCAAAUUGCUGAAAUAUUAGUUCAAUCUUGUGUUACAUUUUCAGUUGGACUUGAUAUUGACAAGCACUGCUUAGCCCUCCACUGGGAAUGUGGCUAUUGGUUGAUGGUAAGUAAGCCCCUGUUCCCACUGGCAGAGAGGAGGAUGCUGUUACAUAUCUACACACAGGCUCAGGGGCCUGCCAACUCUCUAUCCUUCCCCAGAAAUAAAAGGUUAUUUGAGAAGAG